AUGUCCUCCCCUUUCCCGACUCAGCUCAUGGCAGCUCACGUCGCAUAUACCAGAGUUGGGCAGAAACUGCACAAGAACUAUCACUUGCACACACUCAUAUACUUCCCAAUAAAAGCGUUGGUUGAUACCACUCUCGUGGUAGCGUCCGUAUGUACUCAGAAUGCCUACGUUAACCAGCCUGCGCCUGGCUCCAGUAACACUGCUGGUGCCAACUUUACUGUGCAAAUAGGCAUGGCAGAUACUGCUACGAGCUUUCAGGAGAUAGCGAUCGUAAUUGCUAUCCAGUCUUGCCCAACUGGGAACUGUUUCCCCGUUACACCGCCGAAUCAGAUGCAAGCCCCUGAGUUGGCGAUCGUCUGA